AUGGCCAGCAAGAAGGACGGGAUCCUCCGAGGCAAGUUGGUCUCCAAGAAGAAGUUCCUUUCCGUCGCCAAAGAUGGCUUCGGCUUCUGCAGCGUCGUCUUCGGCUGGGAUAUGCACGAUAUGACCUACUUCCGCGAACUUGAGAUCAGCAAUAAAGAGAAUGGAUACAAGGAUUUGGUGGCCAAGGUAGACCUGUCCAGCUACCGGCGCAUACCCUGGGAGAACAACGUGCCUUUCUUCCUCGUCAGUUUCUACGACCCGGACACCAACAAACCCAUCUGUGCCUGCCCCCGAAGUCUGUUACGGACGGCUGUUGCGAAGCUGCAUAUUGCUGGCUAUGGAGCCAUGGCUGGCGCAGAGUACGAGUUCUUCACAUAUCGGGCUCCCAGAGACGAGUCGAUCCAGACGAGCCAUAAUUCCUCUUCCACGACAGCUCCUUUCCUCCAGAAUAAUCCCGUCCACGCCCUACCGCACCUGACUCAGGGGAUGUUCGGCUACUCCCUAACAGAUCCCAUACACAAUCAAGAUUGGUUCUACAGCAUUUUCAACACCUGUGAACAAUUCAGAUGUGAUGUGGAAGGCUGGCAUACAGAAUCAGGGCCGGGAGUCUUUGAAGCGGCCCUGGAGUUUGGCGAAGUCACUGAGAUGGCUGACCGGGCGAGCUUGUUCAAGUACGUGGUCAAAGCCAUGGGAAGCAAGUACGGUAUUACGCCCACAUUUAUGGCCAAGCCAAAGGAAGGGCUGCCCGGUAACAGUGGACACAUGCAUUGCUCCAUCGUGGACAAGGUCUCGGGAAAGAAUCUCUUCUAUCGCGGCGACAAGGACCCUAAUCCCCCCUAUAAGGACCUCGAGUAUGUGUCGGACCUGGGCCGACAUUUUCUGGCAGGACUCCUGGAUGGUCUUGCUGAUGUCAUGCCAAUCAUUGCACCCACAAUCAACUCCUACAAGCGGCUGGUUGAGAACUUCUGGGCUCCAGUCACGGUUUCUUGGGGUCUUGAACAUCGAGCUGCGUCUGUUCGGUUGAUCGCUCCUCCGACAGCAUCCGCAAAAUCCACGAGGCUCGAAGUACGAGUCUGCGGCGCGGAUGCCAAUCCAUCUUUAGUGCUGGCCACUAUUGUCGCUCUCGGCUGGAGAGGCAUAGAGAAGAAACUAGAGAUCAAACUACCUCCACUGGGUAAAGGUGAAGAAGUCGGGAGUCUCAGUGACAAGGGAGAACGACUACCCAAGAACCUCAGAGAUAGCACGGCACGAUUCAUGGCGCAGGGCAGUGUCGCCCGGGAAGUGUUUGGCGACGAGUUUGUCGAGCAUUAUGGUGGUACCAGAGAACAUGAGCUACGAUUAUGGGAUGAGGCCGUUACGGAUUGGGAGGUAAGAAGGUAUAUUGAGACCGUAUGA